UUCACCCUCUUUUUUUCCCCACCAAAAACCCAACUCUUCUUCUUCUUAUUACUUCCUGCUCUUCCCCUCACUGCUUCAGCUCUGCUUCAAUAACCUCUCUGCAACUCCCAAGGUCGCCUUCCAUGGCGAUAUCUCCACUCCUUUUCAUCAUUCCUCUCCUCCUCAUCUGUCUUCUCCGCUACAUUACACAGAAGAAGAGACCCCCACCGACGACAAAGCAUCUCCCGCCGGGAUCCAUGGGCUGGCCUUACAUAGGCGAAACAUUCCAGCUCUAUUCCAACAACCCUAACGAUUUCUUUGCGGAGAAAGAGAGAAAGUAUGGCGCGGUGUUCAAAACCCACAUACUGGGUUGCCCCUGCGUGAUGGUUUCAAGCCCCGAGGCGGCGAGAUUCGUUCUGGUAACAAAGGCGAAUCUAUUUAAACCUACUUUCCCGGCCAGCAAGGAGAGGAUGCUCGGUCCGCAGGCCAUCUUCUUCCAGAGAGGCGAUUACCAUGCCAGGCUUCGCCGCCUGGUUCUUCGCGCUUUUAUGCCGGAAGCCAUCCGCCGGAAGAUCGCCGGCGUUGAGGAAAUUGCGGUUCGGAUGCUUUCUUCUUGCGAUGGCCGAUUCAUCAAUACCUAUCAGGAAAUGAAGACGUACGCAUUGAAUGUCGCCUUACUCUCAAUCUUCGGCAAAGAGGAACAAUCCUGUAUAGAAGAGCUGAAGCAGUGCUACUAUAUUCUGGAGAAAGGAUACAACUCAAUGCCCAUCAAUCUUCCCGGAACACUCUUCGAGGAAGCAAUUAGGGUUUCUGUAGCGAAAAUCAUAUCAUCCCGAAGGGAUUCAGAAGCUAAAACAGAUCAAUUCGAUGCCGGCGACCUUCUCGCAUCCUUCAUGGAAUCGAAGGAAGCUCUUUCCGAUGAUCAGAUCGCCGAUAACAUCAUCGGCGUCAUCUUCGCCGCUCGAGAUACAACGGCCAGUGUUCUUACCUGGAUUCUCAAGUAUCUUGCAGAGAAUCCAUUAGUUCUUCAAGCCGUAACAGAAGAACAGGAGGAGAUUAGGAGGAGUAAAGAGAAGAUUGAAGGAGAUGAAGAGUGUGGAUUGAAUUGGGCUGAUACAAAGAGGAUGCCUGUAACUUGCAGGGUGAUACAGGAGACUAUGAGAGUGGCCUCUAUUCUAUCAUUUACUUUCAGAGAAGCUGUGGAAGAUGUUGAAUAUGAUGGUUAUCUAAUACCGAAGGGGUGGAAGGUGCUGCCGCUGUUCAGAAAUAUUCACCACAGCCCAGACAACUUCCCCGAACCUGGAAAGUUUGAUCCCUCUAGAUUUGAGAAAAGUCCAAAGCCGAACACCUAUUUGCCGUUCGGUAACGGGACCCACGCGUGCCCUGGAAAUGAGUUGGCAAAGCUGGAAAUACUCGUCUUUCUCCACCACCUCACCACAAAAUACAGGUGGUCGAUUUCUGGAUCCAAAAGUGGAAUUCAGUUCGGACCCUUUGCUCUGCCCCUUGACGGCUUGCCCAUCAAAAUAGAUCGCUUACAACAAAAUAAAUUAAAUUCCAAUUAUUAAUAGGCAUAAUAUUUAUCAGCCUCACUAAUUUCUAUAUAUAUAUAUAUAUAUAUAGAUAAUUUAUGUAUAUAGAGAAAAAAAGGAGAGCUGUUGCAAUCAAAGUGAUGUGCGAUAGGACUCUCUCCCUUAGAAAGUAGAGAAUAUUACGUCUGGAGUACGAUAUAUCUGUACUUCAUGUACAAUAUUGUUAUAUACUGUUGUAGAACAUGUGUGCAACAGUACAAUAUUGUUGUGCGCACGUAAUAAUUUUUCUAGAGAAAGAGAGAAGAAAUUAGUUUAUUCUUGAGGGGAAUGGAAGAAAGAAGCAUUAGGAUUAUUUGAAAAUUAAGAGGAUUGGGGGAGGAAGUUAUUUUAUUUUAUUUUAUUUUAUUUUAUUUUUCAUUUUUUUUAAGGAUGUAAUGUUCAUUUAUCAUUGAGCAGAGAAUGUGUUUGAUAUAAUUGUAAUGCAUAGCACAUUGAUU